AGGGCAACAUGUGAGCAGGGAGGGCAACGCAGGCGACGAAGAAAUCGGCUCGGCGGAGUCCCUGGCCAUUUUAUUUCAUUUGUAUCCCCCUCCCUGUAACCAACAACCGGCACCCGACCGAGCUCCGGCCGCAGCAGCUCCGUCCAGAAGGCAGCGGAGGAGGCUCCCCCCAUGGAGACGGCGGCGCUGCAGCCGGGGAACUGCAAGCCCCCCAGCGGGCGAAGAAUGAAGGCUCGUGCUCCACCUCCACCAAACCAAACUCCUGCCACCUGUACAGUUAAUAAUGAACACAAAUUACCUACAGACCUGGGAACGCUGCCUGAUCAGGGUGUGAUAAACAUGAAAGAAAAUCUGAUUAACAGGACGGUGGACUUUACAGUCGUUUUUCCAGAUGGAGAAGAACAGAAAACUACUGUGCAUGGCAGUAAAGCCGUGAUGGACCUCUUAGUUGACUUGUGCAGUCGGUACCACUUAAAUCCAGCCUAUCACACCCUGGAGCUGCAGUCUUCAGGGACCCAGCAGACUUUGAGUUAUAAGCCAAAUACUUUGAUAGGGGCACUGGAUGUAUGGAAGAUACUUCUGAAGGAGAAGGUUCCUGAAGGAAAGGCGAAGAGGCCUCCUCCGCCCAAAAUUCCUGAGAAAACAGUGAGGCUGGUCGUAAACUAUCUCAAGACACAAAAGGCAGUGGUUCGAGUGAGCCCCGAGGUGCCCCUCCAAAGUAUAAUCCCAGUGAUUUGUGAGAAAUGUGAGGUCAGUCAGGAAUGCCUUGUCCUCUUGAGAGAUACCUUCACUGGGGAGGAACUGGAACUUACAAAGUCAUUGAAUGAACUGGGAAUAAAGGAGCUCUAUGCGUGGGAUAGGAAAAGAGUUCUUUCAUCAAAAGCUCAGUCUGAACCUUCUCUGAACAAUAGAGAAACAAGAAGAUACUCAACUAGCUGUGACACAACAGAAAAAGAAAAGAAACGAUUUCUGGGAUUUUUCAAGACUAAUAAAAUGAACAUUAAGGCAGAAGAGUGUUCGAUGAGGACGGUUGGGGAUUAUGGCAGUGAAGAACCUUUAAAGUCCACAACGGAAAGUGAGCCGUACCUUGAUGGAGUUGCAACAGCCCCAUAUUCUUCUUCAUUGGAUUCACGUUCCUUUACUUUGGGUCCAUCACAGUCUUUGGGGAACAUCUCGGGAAUUACUGGAAGCACCGAAAUGAAAAAGCGGAGAGCUCCUCCACCCCCAGUGGUGAUUCCUCAGGUGCAAGGCGGGGAGACGAGCAGUCCAGAGAAAACACAGAGUCAGAUGUCCCCAAGCGAAUCGCAAAAUGAUUUACAGAAGAAAAAACGGCGUGCCCCUCCCCCACCGACUCCUCCAAUCCAGAACAGGACAGAAGAAAUGGAAGACAAGAGGAAAAGCACCGUUGUUUAUUGUUGUGCAUCAUUCCCUUCACGUACCAAGCGCGUCUGACACAGCUUGCCUCUUCCUAUGAUCUUCAUACCUCUGAAACCCGUUGCCUUUCUGCCUUCAUUCUUUUUAUGUUCCCUUUUCCCACACUGAGGAAAAAAAAUGUGUGUGAAUGGCAUCUGUCUGACUUUUUCUCCUUCUUCAUUGGCAUCUUUCUGACUUUUUCUCCUCCUUCACCGAACAAAUAGAAAGUGUUUUCACUUGCACCUUUACGAGAUAAAGUUUCUUCAGUAGUGAAAAGAAAUUCUGCGACUUGCUCAAUAUGUUAUGUUGAUUCAAAAUAAUCCAGUAUUU